AAAAAGCCAAAAGAAAACAAAACCUGGAGACGCAGAAAAGGGCUCUAGAAAAAAGUUUUGGAUGGGAUUAUGUGGAAACUACCCUGCAAUUCUCCGCUGCCAGAGCAGACUCAGUGCUGCCUUCUCCCCAGCGGCGCAGCCCGCGCCGGGCGCUGCUGAGAGACGCCCGGGCCUCGGUGCCGCGCCGCCAGUGCCUGCUGUGCUGGAGCCCCUCGCCCCGCCGGCCCAAUGCUCCUCCUCGGGCUGCUCCUGCUGACAUCUGCCCUGGCCGGCCGGAGGCAAGGGGCCGCCGCCGAGUCUGACCUCAGCAGCAAGUUCGUCUUCUCCGGCGCCAAGGAGCAGAACGGCGUGCAGGACCCUCAGCAUGAGAAGAUAAUCACUGUGACUACUAACGGAAGUAUUCACAGCCCCAAGUUUCCACACACAUACCCACGCAAUAUUGUACUAGUGUGGAGAUUAGUAGCAGUAGACGAGAAUGUAUGGAUACAACUUACUUUUGAUGAAAGAUUUGGGCUUGAGGACCCAGAAGAUGACAUUUGCAAGUAUGACUUUGUAGAAGUUGAAGAGCCUAGUGAUGGCACUGUUUUAGGGCGCUGGUGUGGUUCCAGUAGUGUGCCAAGCAGACAAAUCUCCAAGGGAAACCAGAUCAGAAUAAGAUUUGUGUCUGAUGAGUAUUUUCCUUCUGAACCUGGAUUCUGCAUCCAUUAUACACUUCUUAUGCCACACCACACAGAAGCACCUAGCCCAUCAUUGCUACCCCCAUCAGCUUUGCCAUUAGACGUAUUAAACAAUGCUGUUGCUGGGUUCAGCACUGUGGAAGAACUUAUCCGGUACCUUGAACCAGAUCGGUGGCAACUGGAUUUGGAAGAUUUGUACAGGCCAACGUGGCAGCUUCUUGGAAAAGCAUACAUACAUGGGAGGAAAUCAAGAGUGGUGGAUCUCAACCUCCUAAAGGAAGAAGUGCGGCUGUAUAGUUGUACUCCUCGCAACUUCUCAGUGUCACUAAGGGAGGAGCUGAAGCGAACUGACACCAUCUUCUGGCCAUUGUGUCUUCUGGUUAAACGUUGUGGUGGAAACUGUGCCUGUUGUCAUCAGAGCUGCAAUGAGUGCCAAUGUGUACCAACAAAAGUCACCAAAAAAUACCACGAGGUUCUUCAGCUGAAACCAAGGAUUGGUGUCCGCGGAUUGCAUAAAUCUUUGACAGAUGUACCCUUGGAACACCAUGAGGAGUGUGACUGUGUGUGCAAAGGCAAUACUGAAGGAUAAACAUGAUUUAAUUGUGCCAUUUUCUUUCAAAGCACAUUCAAUCAAUGGCUGAUUCUAUUAUGGGGCUUGUGCAUUAUCUCCUUCUGUAAUCUCAGUUGUUUGCUUUGGGAAUCUUCUGUCUUCAAGAUUUACAGAGAGCUCUAAAAAGGAGAAGCCAAACUGGGAUUAUAUGUUGUGUGACAGCUCUGUUUGGAGGCCCAAUGAAAGGACGGGAGAAAGGCAUCAAUGAGGGAUUUAAAAUAUACGUAUUGUCUUUGCCCCCCACAAUUUCCUUGGCAAUACAUGGAUUUAUAAUUUAGGAGUAAGAACCAACUUAGAAGGCUCACAUCAUGGAGACUUGAUCCUGCUGGCUGUCUCAUUUCUACAGCUCCAGUACAUCUAGCCUUGGUCGAAAACAUCUGAAAUCUUUCUGUGUUCCACUACUCCUCUCUACUCUAAAUUGAAGCAUUCUGUGAUGUAUAAAGUUGGGUUAAAGCAGACUGUCUUGUUCUGAAUUAAACUUAAUUUGUCUGAUGCUGGUAGGAAGGACUGGAUUUUUCCAUAUGCUCUGGUAAAGUUCCUGCCUUUCAGAAAGAAGACUGGACAAUAACGUGAGCUAAGGAAACAGAUACUGAAAAGAACAGCGUCUUUUUUCUUAAUACUAUGGCUGAUCUUUGUUUGUUUGUUAUUUUUGUAUCGUGUACAUUUUUAUACUCUUCUUUUGACAAUAUAACUAUUUGCUUUUCUAAACUUGUUAAAUAUAUCUAUUUUUACCAAAGGUAUUUAAUAUUCUUUUUUUAUUACAACCUAGAUCAAUUAUUUUUUAGUUUAUGAGACUUUAAAGCCAGGUCUACACAGAUGGAGGAACUGAGAUGUGGUUACAAUGUGGAAGAAGGAUGAUCUAUGCAGUUUGUUGCUACACAGUAGAAAAAAUACACUUUUUUAACCUGAAUGUGUAGUAAUGAUAAGCCGAGAUGUGUAGAUGAAGAUCUAAGCUUGCUAGCUCCAUAAAACUGAAAAUAUGAGACUGCAGUUUCAGAAACUGACUUUAAAAUUUCCUCUUUAUUCAGGUAGAAACAGAAUGAGCAUAGAUAGAUUCAUUCUGGUUUGUUUAAGUCUAAUUUCUUUGAUGUAGGAUGAUCUACAACAUAAGAAGCCCAGUGGCUUGCAGCCUUCGUGAUGCAUCACAGCCAUGUGAAGGCAGCCUUGCUAAUGUUGAAGUGUAUGGUUUACCUUUGACAGUUAUAGCUGUUUAUGUACUGUUCACUCACAGGAUCAUAACACUCUACAGUACAGUUUGAUGAACUAUGGUUUUGUUCUUCUGUACAUUAUAUUCUUUAACCAGUACACUUAUCCCACUCUAUGCAAAUUGAAAAGGAAACAGUAAAGUAUUUUGCUUGUAAAAUGCUUUAACAUUUUGCCUAGUUUAUUUUUUUGACUAUUGGAUUUGCAGAUUGUAAUGAAUCACCAAAUAAAGUAAU